UCCUUUCCUUUCCUUUCCUUUUUCCUUUCCUUUCCUUUCCUUUCCUUUCCCUUUCCUCGGAGGACCGUUCCUCAGCUCAGAAAGGGAUUUGGGGAGGUGAAGGAAGGAGAAUGUGUGGUCGCACAUCCUGCCACCUGCCCCGAGACGUUCUCACGAGGCUGUGCAGAUACCGCGACCGACGGGGGCAACCGCGGCUCCCCGACUGGAAGGAUCCAGACAAGUACCUCCCUUCGUACAACAAGAGCCCCCAGUCCAACAGCCCCGUGUUGUUGUCCCGCCAACACUUGGAGAAGAAUGCCGACUCCUCUGAACGAGUCAUUGCUGCCAUGCGCUGGGGUUUGAUCCCAUCUUGGUUCAGGGAAGAUGACCCUUCCAAACUGCAGUUCAACACCACCAACUGUCGGAGUGACACCAUGAUGGAGAAACGCUCCUACAAGGUGCCCCUGGGAAAGGGCAGGCGCUGUGUGGUGCUGGCAGACGGGUUCUACGAGUGGCAACAGUGCCAGGGGGAGAAGCAGCCUUAUUUCAUCUACUUUCCACAGAUCAAGACAGAAAAGUCAGAGGACGGCCAAGAUGCCGUGGAUGAUGAGGGAGGUUGGGACGGCUGGAGACUACUCACAAUGGCCGGGAUCUUCGACUGCUGGGAGCCACCCAAUGGAGGGGACCUGUUAUAUACCUACACCAUCAUUACAGUGAAUGCCUGCAAAGGCUUAAACUCCAUCCAUCAUAGGAUGCCUGCUAUCCUGGAUGGGGAGGAGGCUGUCAGCAAGUGGCUGGACUUUGGGGAGGUCCCCACACAAGAAGCUCUGAAGCUGAUCCACCCUGUAGAGAACAUCACCUUCCAUCCAGUCUCCACGGUGGUGAACAAUGCACGGAACAACCUACCCCAGUGUCUUACUGCCAUCGAUCUGGCACUUAAGAAGGAACCCAAGAUGAGCAGUAGUGGCCAGAAGAUGCUGCAGUGGUUGGAGACCAAGUCCCCCAAGAAAGAGGAGCCUGAGGUACCUAAAUGGUCCAGUCAGUUCUUCCAGAAGAGCCCGGCCCCAGCCAAAAGGAGCAGUGCAAGCUUAAUGGAGCAGUGGCUGAAGAAGGAAGGGGAAACCCCUCCCAAAAAACCCAACACCCAGAAAGACUGAGCUGAAGCGAUCCAUCAUUCUGUUAGCGGUUCUAUGACAAGUUUCUUGUGGGCAAGACUGACUGCCUAUAUUGGAUUUUGUGGCAUUAAAUGGAUGGUUUAGCUACCCUAUCCCCUUCCUUUUCCAUUCAGGAUAGAUUCUCCCAGGCAUCACCUGUCUGCUCCCAGCUGCCCUCAUAUGCAAUUCUCUCCUCCCACCCGUGUUAGAUGCAACCAUUUUUAAAUAUGGGUAGCUCUUAUCAUUUUCUCCUAACUCAGAUGGGAUUUGCGUGUAAUGACCCAUAGCAUUUCGGUCCCAGCUCUCCCUCUUAACUUUUCUUUAUUCAGCUACAUUUGCCUUUUUUUUUCCCCACGGGUUUCAUUCUUCGGGUUGGUGUUUGGUAAUUUUAGCUUAUCGUUUUUCCAAUGACUCAGUAAAAGUAACUUUUUGUGGGAGUUGAGUCAAGGCAGCUGGGCACCUGUACUUCUUGAUAGGGCUUGUGGCUAGAUAAUUAAGAAAGGAAAGGUUUGUUCCUUGGGGGACUGAGGGGUCAGCAGUGCCUCUGUGCUACCCCAAGUACAAAUAUGACAAUUUCAAUCUUUUUUGCCCAGGGUCUGCUUCAUGCUUAGUGGUCCAUGAGCCACACCUCAGGGAAAUGUGUAUGCUGGAGUGACGGGACCUGAGUUUGGGACCAAAGACUCUUUUUAGGUCCUUCAGAGGCACUUGACCCUGUCUGCUGAAAGGGACAAAGAACCAUAUUCAGUCUUUCCUGGGGCUAUUAGUGAAUCUGUGCCAGGGCUUAAUAUAGGUGGUUUGUCAGUCCUGACCUAAAUGCUUAGCUAGUGGAAUAUUAUUAUAGUUUACUCUUAUAUUGCUGUUCAGUUCUUACAUGCUUGAUCAGAGGUUGUUGAAUAGGAGAGCAAUUCUGGGAAUUGGUUCACUGUAUCUCUGAAGGCCAAAGAAGGCAGGGGUGAACAUUGUCUUCCGUUUCUGAAGGACAAGAUAGCGCAGAGAAUGGAGAGAGAGUGUGUGUGUGUGUGCGUGUAAGAGAAACAGAGUCUGCUCUGCGAACAAUAAAGAGAUACUUUUGGUGGUUCCUUA